AUGAAGAAUCUUAAAGUGCAAAUUGGUCAGUUGGCUACCUCAAUGAAGUCUCAGAAACAAGGAAAAUUUCCAAGUGAUACAGAAGUCAACCCAAAGGAGCAUUGUAAGGUCGUUGUAUUAAAGAGUGACAAUCAAGUUGGAAAAAGUGAACCCACCGAAAAUAGCAACCUCACACCUGAUAAGGAGAAAGAACAAGUAGUAAAAGAGCAAGAAAAGCAGGCUAAAGGAACAAAUAAGGCUCACAAACCUUACUCCAUAUCUUUCCCUGACAACCCACCAAUUCUCACACAACCACUUCCAUUUCCACAGUAUGCUUUGGAACAAAUGCGAAAUUACGCAAAGUUUAUGAAGGAGGUGAUGUCAAAAAAGCGAAAAUUGGAGGAAUAUGAAACAGCAAAAUUAACAGAAAAAUGCAGCGCUAUCCUUCAAAAGAAACUUCCUCAGAAGAGAAAAGAUCCGGGCAGUUUCACUAUUCCAUGCACCAUUGGAAGCUCUUCCUUUGAAAAGGCCCUUUAUGAUCUAGGAGCAAGCGUCAACCUAAUGCCAUUAUCAGUAUUCAAGAAGUUAGGCUUCGGGGAAGUCAAGCCAACAACAAUGACUCUGCAACUGGCUGAUAGGUCCCUCACUUACCCACGAGGUGUUAUUGAAGACGUGUUAGUAAAGGUCGACAAAUUCAUCUUCCCAGCUGAUUUUGUGGUGUUGGAUAUGGAAGAAGAUCAAGAAAUCCCACUGAUUUUAUGUAGGCCAUUUUUAGCAACUCGAAGACCAUUAAUUGAUGUGCAAGGAGGAUAUUUGACAUUGAGAGUGAAUCAAGAAGAGGUGAGGUUCAACAUCUACCAAGCAAUGAAGUACUCGGACGACACUGACACAUGCCACAGGAUUGACUUCAUUGAUUCUACUGUGAUCGAUGAGAAAUUAUAUAUUGAGGAUCCCUUAGAGCAGUGUAUGAUGUUUAGUUCAACAAAGGAUGACAUCAGCUCUUCUGGAGAAUAUGCAGGGAGCAAAGACCUGAUUGAUUGCAUAUUGGCUCUAGAGUCUACACCAGUUCAAAACAACUUGUCACAGUGUGAAGAUAUUCAGAAAUCAAAGAAAUCAGAUGAUAAAGAAAGCAGUGAAAGCAGUAAGAUUGAACUGAAGCAAUUACCAGAUCACCUCCGCUAUGCAUUUUUGGGGGACAAUUCUGCAUUUCCAGUGAUCAUUUCUUCAUCACUCACCAGGGAUGAAGAGGACAGAUUAUUAAAAGUGUUGAGGGAUCACAAGGCCACUUUGGGCUGA